UCUUCCGGUAAGGCAGACCCAGUUUGUUUCACUAUCAGGAAAUAGACGUGCUUUCAAUUCACACAUUGUUAAUGAAGAUUAUUCGUUAGUCAAAUGAAACCAGUAACUAAAAUGGGUGCUGUAGUUCUGGUGCUAUUUACAAUCGGUGCUUUUAUCAGUCCAGUUAAAUCUCUGAACAAUGGUCUCGCGCUCAAGCCUACAAUGGGUUGGCUGCAUUGGGAGAGAUUCAUGUGCAAUGUCGACUGUGACACGGACCCCAAUAAUUGCAUCAGUGAGAAUCUCUACAUGCAGAUGGCAGAUGUGAUGGUGACAGAAGGCUGGAAGGAGGCUGGCUACGAGUAUGUCUGCAUCGAUGACUGUUGGCCCAGCCACCAACGUGACGCCAAGGGACGCCUUCAGGCAGACCCGAAGCGGUUCCCCAGAGGCAUCAAGAAACUGGCCGACUAUGUUCAUUCCAAGGGUCUCAAGUUGGGGAUCUAUGCUGAUUUGGGAACCUUUACAUGUGGAGGCUUUCCAGGGAGCAUGGGAUACUACGACAUCGACGCUCAGACCUUUGCUGAUUGGGGUGUGGAUCUGCUCAAAUUUGAUGGGUGCUACAUGAAGUGGACUUUACUGGGAGAAGGUUACACAAACAUGUCAAUAGCACUGAACCAAACUGGGAGAAGUAUCCUGUACUCCUGUGAGUGGCCACUGUAUGAGUGGCCACACCAUCAGCCAGACUAUGCUGCCAUACGGAAGGCCUGUAACCACUGGCGCAACUUUGCGGAUGUGUAUGACUCCUGGGACAGUGUGAAGACCAUCUUGGACUGGACUGCCGACCAUCAGGAUGUCAUUGUCCCAGCGGCUGGGCCUGGGGGCUGGAAUGACCCUGACAUGCUGGUGAUUGGAAACUUUGGCCUGAGUCACGCCCAACAGGAGUCUCAGAUGGCAUUGUGGGCCAUCAUGGCCUCCCCUCUGCUGAUGUCCAAUGACCUGAGAGACAUCUGCCCCCGGUCCAAGCAGCUGCUGCAGAACACAAGGAUCAUCGCCAUCAGUCAGGACCCACUGGGCAGGCAGGGCUAUCGCACCGCCAAGGUGGACAGUUUCGAGGUGUGGGAAAGACACCUGUCUGGUGGCCGGUUGGCUCUGGCAGUGAUGAACAAGCAGGAGAUCGGUGGACCCCGAGGCUUCCCCCUCACCCUGGCCACGCUGCCAAGCUGGAAGAUCUGCCACCCCCAGUGUAAUGUCACCCAGGUCCUGCCCAGCUACAAGGAGCUCGGGGUCCAGACCCUCCUCAGUAAACUUGUGGUGGUGGUCAACCCUUCUGGCACAGCACUGCUGACUGUCACCCCCAUUUAAGUGUGACUUCAACACCCAAUGGCAAUUAUGGAAGGACAUGCCCAACGUGAACAGUUCUUUAGUAUGGUGUAGCUAGCAGACAAGCAUAUGGGCCCUGGCCCUCACCCAGCACUGAUUGAAAUGCACAGGAUUUAUGAGCACUUUAAUUCACAGCAAGUUACGUUGCUUAUUAUGAUUAUUCUAGAUAGUGUGCUUAUUUGCCAAAGAGCUAUGUAUAUGCUCACCCUUGAAUAGGUUAUUUAGUUGGUGUGCUUCCCUUGAAUUAUUAGAGAUUUUUCAUUAUUUUAAGUGUGGAAUGUGUUAGUAAUUGUCCAUGUUUUGUAUGCUAAUUGAUCUGGUCACAAAAAGGAGAUUUGCUGGAUGGCAGACACCUGAAUGUUCAGAUAUCAAAAAUCAGUAGUACUGUAACAAUUUGGAAAUGUUCACAAUUAAAGUGGCAAUCUGGAAUUCAAACAAAACCAAAGCCAUCAACCUGCCACUUUUUUGGUAAGCUUCGGGAUGGGGCUGGAAAAACAUUACCACUUAAAUUUACGGUAACACUUCACAACCAGUGUUAUAACAUGGUCAUAACCAUGUCAAUGUCAUAACAGCUUACAUAACUUGUCAAAAUGGGAUCAUAACAUUGUCAUGACCCAUAUUUACCUGUUGUGACAUUUUUAUGGCUGGUAAUGACACUUGCAUAAGUGUCAACCUACAUUUACUCAUGUUUUUUCCCUGCCAAGAAGUCCUUCGUAAUUCUUUAGUCACUUUUUUCUUCAUAUUUUAGAAAACACUUUGACAAAAAAAAUGCUUUUUCAAAGUGUCUGACCAUAAUAUAUGCCCUUAUGUCAAGAGGGUGUCUUUGUCCUGCAUUCAUCCCAGUCAUCAGCAAGUGUUGGGGUCGGUGCAUGUCUGAUAUCAAUGUGUGCGCAAUUGAAAUUUAAUUUGGUCAAUUUUAGAAAAUUAUAAACAUACUGUUGACAAGUAGGCUAUAUGGUGUAAUGGAAUGUUUUGCCUUGUGUGGUAGGGGUCAUAACCAGCCAUAAAAUAACUUCUGCGGUAGGUUUACACUUCUGUAGUCGUCUUAACUAGCCAUAAAAUAAUGCAAUGUAUCAAACUUAUGAUGCUGGGUGUCCACAAAUUUCCACAGGCAAGAACUGAUAUCGAAAUUGUUUUAAAGCUUUCUUUGCUCUACCCUAGUUAGCAUUGGCUGGCAAACUGCCAACUCCCUUCAAACUACACAGGAAAAAAUUGUAUCCAUGUGUUCAUCUGACUCUGGUUAAGUAGAACAAGGGCUUUAAUCCCAAAAUCUCACCGUACUCCUUUAACCUUAUUUUGGGUUCUUAUCACUUCAAUAUACGUACACACACUAGAUAUGGGACCCCACCAUUGUAAAAAUAUUUGAAGUUAUAGAAAUGCAUUUAUUACAUGUUUAAAAGUGAGCUAAACAAGAAUGUAUACAAACAUUCCUAAAGUAUAAUUUGAUAUUAAAUACAUGCAAUUGUC